AGGCGCCGCUGGACCUGGCCAGCUCCAACCACUCGACGGACGCGCGUGACGAGCGCGUCACCGUCGAGCCCGUCAACCAAUCAAAACCGCUCAACGUCUCCGUCGAGUUCGAGCAGCUGCAUCAAAACCUGGCGCUGGCGCUUGUCGGCCGUCCUCCGACAGCGACCGCAAGCUCUGGAGCGAGGAGAAACAUGGAGCUGGCGCUGGACGCGCUGCGCACGGCGCGCAUGUCCCUCUCCAAGGCGUCGUCCGUGUACGGCAUCCCGUCGACCACGCUGUGGCAGCGGGCGCACAAGGCCGGCAUCGGCACGCCCAAGAAGGAGGGCUCCAACAAGAACUGGACCGAGGAGGACCUGCAGCUGGCGCUCAACGACCUCAGGGCCGGCCGCAUCUCCGCCAACAAGGCCUCCAAGGAGUACGGCAUCCCCAACUCGACGCUGUACAAGAUCGCCAAGAAGGAGGGCAUCAAGCUGUCGGCCCCCUUCAGCAACGCGCAGACGUCGUGGACGCCGGCCGACCUGGAGAAGGCGCUGGACGCCAUCCGCGGGGGCAUGUCCGUUAUGAAGGCCGGCACCGAGUACGGCAUCCCGUCCGGCACGCUGUACGGACGCUGCCGGCGCGCCGGCAUCGAGCGCAAGACGGUGGGCCAGCCGUGGAGCGAGGACGACAUGCACGACGCGCUGGAGACUGUGCAGCGCGGCGAGAUGAGCAUCAACCAGGCGUCCAUGUACUACAACCUGCCGUACUCGUCGCUGUACGGCCGGAUCAAGCGCGGCGCGCUGGAGACGGAGGAGGAGGAGCCGCCGCCGACGCAGGUGCCGCCGGCCAGCGCCGCCGCCUCGCUCGGCUACUAGCGGCCGCGGCGGGCGGCGGCGGCCCGGCACGCGCCCCACUCACACACCACCACGCACACGCACACACGGGGGCGGGGCAGCAGCUCGGCAGCGGGACGCAGACUCGCCGCACAGAGGGAGCGAGAGGGAGGGGGAGAGCGCAGCUUCACAGUGGCGGACGCGGCAGCUCCGGGGACGUCCGUACACCGGCCGCCGUGAGCGGCGCGGCGCUUUCACUGCUCUGUCCACACGAGUGUAACGCCAGCGCGCGGACGCCUUUUUACCUUGGCCGUUGUCGCAUGUGGGCGUGGCCGUGACGCUGACACGCUAAAGCAUGUGCGGCGGGCGGGGGCAGCAUGGCUGGCGCUCGGUGGUCCAGGGAAGGGGCGCGGCCGCUCCCCGCGGGUCGGCUGCACCCCACGGGUCGGCCGCUUUGUACGUAGCGGGGUAGGGCGAGGGCGCGGCGGGGAUCUGAUGCCCGCGCGUGCCGAGUGAUAAUCAAGACAAAGUCUUGGGACUCCCGUGUGAAACACGCCAGGAGGUCCGGGGGCGCCGAGGACGCGGAGGGAGGGAGCUGGGGCUGUUGCCGUGGCUGGGUAACGUUUGCACACUAACACAACGGCACGGGGUAGGACAAACAAGCACACGCAAGCACACACACACGCACGCACAAGCUCAGACACUGACGCCGACACACUCCGAGGCACAGGCAGACACUGACUCACACGGCUCGCGCCCGCGCGGCGCGCGCCGUCCCGUCGCGCAACGAAGAGACGCCGCCUGGGCGCCCGCGUGCUUAGUCAAACGGUACAAAGGCGUGAGAAUGUGUACACUCGACGCGCCCGGAGGCACCGGGGCGCGCAACACUGGAAACGUUACGGGAUAUACAUAGUCACUUACCCUGAGGUUCGGGAGGCGGCGGCGUGCGGCUCUGUUCCGCCGCGCGCCGCUCGCGCGUUGUUUUCACUUGGUUUUAGCUGUGGCGCGCCGUCGACCGGUAGCGUGUCGCGGCCGCCCGUCGUUUUAGUUGAGAGUCGGGUAGUUUUACGUUUAGCAGCGGUCCGGUCACCAGCGGGCAGCACCGUGGAUGUGUAGAAGCUAGCCGCCGUCGCUGGGUAGAGGUUAGUCCGCUUUUGUUGUUGCUUUCGCUAUUAACUGUUGGCGUUGAGUGGGCGGCCGCGGCCGCCGGGGGGCCGGCGCGUGCCCUGCAAUGUGCUUCUCCGUGGCCGGUGUCGUAGGCGGUCUCCGAAGCUUUACUACUGCCUGAGCGAGCGAGCGAGC